GGGUGGGAUUUGUCCGGGAAGCUUCGACGAUAAUAUUGUUUGGCAAGUAUUCCUACCAUGUCUUCCUCCGCGCCUGAAGAAUCUCCACUUUCUCCACCACCAUCAUCUGCACCACCUCCGUCAUUACAAGAGCCACCGCCACCACCAUUGGAGUCAUCGCCACCUCCAUCCACAUCCCCACCCCCGGUAGAGGUCUCUCCAUCACCACCACCGCCAACAGAGUUCACACCACCCUCUGAUCAAAGCUCGCCCUCACCACCACCACCAGAAAACUCGGAUUCUUCACCACCACCACCACCUUCCUCUUCUAAGGAAAAUAACUCACCACCUCCUCCCCCAACAACAAAAGAUAAUGGUAGUAAUAUUUGGUCGCCUCCACCACCUCCAUCAUCAUCCAAGUCUCGCAACUCGCCACCUCCACCACGAUCUCUAGGACAAUCAGGGAAUUCGUCACCAAACAAUACCCCUGCAACAUCUUCAGGCAAUGGGGAUGAAGCUAACCUUGUACCAAUUAUAGCAGGAGCCGUGGUUGGAGUAGGGUUAUUGUUGCUGCUUGCCCUGCUUGUAUUUUUAUGUACAUGCAGAACGAAAAAGAAGAGAUCGCCACAUCAUGAUUACUACAGAGAUCACUCCCCUGCACCCAAAGGUACAUAUCACACUAUGAAUGAAAGUUACGUCUGUGGUGCUAACCCUGCUCAUUUGAUUUUGAAUGAUAUGAUAUUAAUACUUAUUCAAGCUGACUAA